AUGAGCCUCAAUUCCGCGGACGCGACUGGGAACAUCGCGCUCGACGUGCAGGCGUUGGUGACGGAGGUUCGCCAGCUGAGGGGGGACGUGAACGAGAACAGGAAAGCCCUCAAGACCAUGAGCAGAGAGAUGGAGGCCGUCCACAAGCGGGACAGCAGGGGCUCCAGCCGCGCCAGCAAUAGGGAGAAGGCGGUGAACGCCACGUCGUCGGGCGAGGCCACGGAGGCCACCGAGCUGCCGCACGCGUCCGAGCGUGCCGAGGCCGCCGCCGCGGCCGCGGAGGCCGCGGCGCAGGCGGCGGGCAGGCUGCGCGAGGAGGUGGAGGAGUACGUCAAGGCGAUCACGGUGCCGUUCGGCCCGCCGCCGGGGGAGGAGGCCGACGACGCACCCCCGCCGAAGGGCGAGGAGCAGGCGGGGGCCGCGGCGGCGGCGGAGGCCGCCGAGUACCUGGAGCGGCAGAUGCAGAUCGAGAAGCAGCUGCUGGCGCUGGAGGGCAAGCUGGAGCAGAACAUGGCGAAGCCGGCCGAGGGGGAUGACGGCAAGGAGGAGGCGGCCCCCCCGGUCGAGCAGGAGUUCGUCCAGGGCCUCAAGUUCAUAGUCCAGGACGUGCGCAAGUGCCUGAAGCGGUGCGAGCUCCUGGUCCAGCUGCCAGAGAUCCGGAUGUUCAUGCGGCGCUUCCAGCGGUCCUUGGAGGUCAACGCCAUGCUGCACGAGAAGUGGGUCGGCCCCGACGGGGCCCGGUCGCCGAGAGCGGAGGACGAGGCGCAGGCGGGCAUGCCGAGCCGCGGCAACUUCGCGACGCAGUCGCUCCCCAACUUUGGCACCAGCCCGGAGGCCUCCCGCGACGGCGCGGACGUGCACGCGCGCACUGGGAUGAAGGGCACCGCGGUGAAGAAGAAGCCCUUCAGGACCGUCGUGGACUGGACUCGGCCCCACACGCCGCUGGCACUCGAGCCGGUGGAGGAGACCGUCUCGGUGGUUUCCAUCAUGGACCCCGUCUCGCUCAUGAGGAUCGAGGCGCCGGUGCGGGGCAAGAACUGCACCCACAAGGGGAUCUUCGACAGGGAGCGCGGCCCAUCCCCGGCGCGAAGUGUCGGCGCGAGCGCGGGCCAGGGACGGUUUCUGGCCGAUUUCGGGCUCUAG